AUGUCCGUGCUGGCCGGGUACCGGUACUGGGUAAGCGGAUAUGCGGAUGGUUAUGGUAACGCUGUGCUUUUUAAGAACCCACGCUCUCUGGCUGUUGGUUCCGAUGGACAUCUGUACGUGGCAGACGAUAACAAUCGGGUGAUUAAAUUUACGUCGGGCGGUGUGAUGACUGUGCUGGCCGGAUCCACCUCAAGCGGACUUGUCGAUGGCACUGGUACUAGUGCACGAUUUAAGACCCCCGAUUCUCUGGUAAUUGGUUCAGAUGGUUAUCUGUACAUUGCAGACAGAGUAAACUAA